CCGCACGAGAAGCACCGAAACCGCAUUGAAGCGCUGAAGAUGCUUAGUUAACUGUACGGACUAAUCGCGAGCGAAUUCGACGACAAUGAAGUGUUUGCUGCUAAUUUACGCCUUUUACGCGCUCCUCGAAACCGCCUCGUCGACGUCGUCGUGCGCGAUAAUUACGUCCAAGCACGCAAACACCGUCACUUACCAAUGCACUGAAUUAACGACGCUGCAAAAAUAUUUGGACGAAGCGAGGAGCAACACGACGAACAUCGUGAUUUUCGAUUCCAAAUUGCCUCACAUACAGGGGCAUAGUUUCGCGAGAUUUGGCGCCACUUUGGUGAUCCUGGACUUGCAUGAAAAUGGCAUAGAGACGUGCGACUCUAUGGCAUUUGUAGGCCUCACGAAACUGGAAAAACUGAUGCUCUGGGGCAAUAAAUUGACUUUCGUGCCGGGAGAUUGGUUCGUGAACAUGGGCUCCCUGAAUACCUUGGAUUUAUCGUUCAACUUUAUCCAAGGAUUCGACUACAUAAUUUUUCAAAUGCUUCGUUAUUUAGAGAACUUUUACUUCGACUACAACAAGCUACGCGUUAUCGACUACAAUAUGUUCGCCUACCUGGGUAAUCUGAAGAAGGUGAAAUUUAGCAAGAAUCCGUGGAACUGGGCAUAUCGCGCUCGCCUGACAUGGCAGUUAGAGAACCAGAAGGUCGAGGCGCCGGACGUGUGGGAGGAUUGGAACUGGAUGAACGUCGUCAUCAAGGACUGCGUCGAGAAUGGCGAAAGCGAGCUGCCGAGCGACAAAGUCCUCGACUGCGCUGUGGACAAGCUGCUGGCUUUCACGUACAAGACACUCGGCGAACAGGAGAGGAGCGGCAUUGCCGGGUGUGGCAAAGAGACUAGAAAACUGGUACGUUGCAUGAGACCCAGCAACGUCACCGGCAACAGCGAUUACGAAACGGUGCGGAGGAUCCUCGAGGAUUAUUCCGCCGUCUUGCCACCGAUGCAAAGGGCGUUGAGUCCCUUUCCGUUGAGGCGAUAAGCGACGCUCUGGCUGUAUCCUCUCAGAGACUUUUCUUCAGGUAACCUCAUGACAUUAACGUCGGUUUAUUAUGUUGAUCUGUGGUACCUACAAUGUCGCAGGAGAUCUUAAUCGACACUUUCGUGUGAGUUUCAAUGAUAGAUAAGUCAAAAAAAACAAUCAAAUACAUUUAGUACAUAGUUUGAAUUUUUUUUGCAAAACAUGUCUGAAACAGGUAGAAGAUAAAAGACAGAAUUGUAAACUCUUACAAAAAUUUAUUAUAUUAAUAAUAUAUAGCGCUUUCGCGCUAUCGAUUAUAUACGAAGAUUUAUAAAACGAACAUGACACAACCUGAUCACUUUCAGAGUAGCAGGUUAUGUAUGCGCCCCAGCUAAAACGAAAAUUCCGCACAUUCGUUAUUUCAUUCGAAUCAAGCAUUGAAAUUUAAUCUUGUUGCUACUCGUAUAUAGAAGAACGCCUAAAAGCUCGUAUCACUUAUGAUACGCGUAUCCGCUAAAUGCGCAUUGAUUUAAAUAAAAUAGUAAUUCGUAACACAAACACAACUUUGAUUGCACAUUAACGGUAAUGAACAGUUUUAUAAAAUCUUUUGCAACGCUAACAAGUGUAUCAGACUUUUGUGAGUUAUAAGUAUCAUCGUAUAUAAAUAGAUAUAGUAUUUCGGAGAUACAGAGAAUUAAUUGAAUUAAUAAAUUUUUUAAAACAA